UUCACUUCCGCCGCCAUCUUCCCCCAUGGGGUUCACCCUAGAUGAGCACUGAGGGCCGAUUACCCUCCUGCAGUGCGUGUGUGUGAAAAGAGAGUUGAGAGUCCUGACCAGCGGGGUGCUCACUAGUCGGGACGGCCUGAGACCGUGUUAUGUCCUCCCCAGGAUUGUGCACCUGUGCCUGCGAAAGGCUGACCAGAAGCUGGUGAUCAUCAAGCAGAUUCCAGUGGAACAGAUGACCAAAGAAGAGCGGCAGGCAGCCCAGAAUGAGUGCCAGGUCCUCAAGCUGCUCAACCACCCCAAUGUCAUUGAGUACUACGAGAACUUCCUGGAAGAUAAAGCCCUCAUGAUCGCCAUGGAAUAUGCACCAGGCGGCACUCUGGCUGAGUUCAUCCAAAAGCGCUGCAAUUCCCUGCUGGAGGAGGAGACCAUCCUGCACUUCUUCGUGCAGAUCCUGCUUGCACUGCAUCAUGUGCACACCCACUUCAUCCUGCACCGAGACCUCAAGACCCAGAACAUCCUUCUUGACAAACACCGCAUGGUCGUGAAGAUUGGUGAUUUCGGCAUCUCCAAGAUCCUUAGCAGCAAGAGCAAGGCCUACACGGUGGUGGGUACCCCAUGCUAUAUCUCCCCUGAGCUGUGUGAGGGCAAGCCCUACAACCAGAAGAGUGACAUCUGGGCCCUGGGCUGUGUCCUCUAUGAGCUGGCCAGCCUCAAGAGGGCUUUUGAGGCCGCGAACCUGCCAGCACUGGUGCUGAAGAUCAUGAGCGGCACCUUUGCGCCCAUCUCUGACCGGUACAGCCCUGAGCUGCGCCAGCUGGUCCUGAGUCUACUCAGCCUGGAGCCUGCCCAGCGGCCACCACUCAGCCACAUCAUGGCACAGCCCCUCUGCAUCCGUGCCCUCCUCAACCUCCACACCGACGUGGGCAGUGUCCGCAUGCGGAGGGCAGAGAAGUCCGUGGCCCCCAGCAGCACAGGGAGCAGGACCACCAGUGUCCGCUGCAGAGGUAUCCCCCGGGGACCUGUGAGGCCGGCCAUCCCACCACCCCUGUCAUCAGUGUAUGCCUGGGGUGGUGGGCUGGGCACUCCCCUGCGACUGCCAAUGCUCAACACAGAGGUGGUCCAGGUAGCAGCUGGGCGCACGCAGAAAGCCGGCGUCACGCGCUCUGGGCGUCUCAUCCUGUGGGAGGCCCCACCCCUAGGUGCAGGCGGAGGCACCCUCCUCCCUGGGGCAGUGGAGCAGCCACAGCCCCAGUUCAUCUCGCGUUUCCUGGAGGGCCAGUCGGGCGUGACCAUCAAGCAUGUGGCCUGUGGGGACUUCUUCACUGCCUGCCUGACUGACCGAGGCAUCAUCAUGACGUUUGGCAGCGGCAGCAAUGGGUGCCUAGGCCAUGGCAGCCUCACUGACAUCAGCCAGCCCACCAUUGUGGAGGCUUUGCUGGGCUAUGAGAUGGUGCAGGUGGCCUGUGGGGCUUCUCACGUGCUGGCCCUGUCCACUGAGCGAGAACUAUUUGCCUGGGGCCGUGGAGACAGCGGCAGACUGGGACUAGGCACCAGGGAGUCCCACAGCUGCCCCCAGCAGGUGCCCAUGCCCCCAGGACAGGAAGCUCAGCGAGUUGUAUGUGGCAUCGACUCUUCCAUGAUCCUCACUGUGCCUGGCCAAGCCCUGGCCUGUGGGAGCAACAGGUUCAACAAGUUGGGCCUGGACCACCUCUCCCUGGGGGAGGAGCCUGUCCCUCACCAGCAGAUGGAGGAGGCCCUGAGCUUCACACUACUAGGCUCUGCACCCCUGGACCAGGAGCCCCUGCUGAGUGUAGACCUGGGCACUGCUCACUCAGCUGCUGUGACUGCCUCAGGUGAUUGCUACACUUUUGGCAGCAAUCAGCACGGGCAGUUGGGCACCAAUGCUCGCCGAGGCAGUCGGGCACCCUGUAAGGUCCAAGGCCUUGAGGGCAUCAAGGUGGCAAUGGUAGCCUGUGGGGACGCCUUCACCGUAGCUAUCGGGGCAGAGGGUGAAGUGUACUCCUGGGGCAAAGGGGCCCGAGGUCGACUGGGAAGGAGGGAUGAGGAUGCCGGACUCCCUCGGCCAGUGCAGUUGGAUGAGACACACCCUUACACGGUGACUUCCGUGUCCUGUUGCCAUGGAAACACCCUCCUGGCUGUUCGCCCAGUCACAGAUGAGCCGGUUCCCCCCUGAGGCACCUGGAUACACCUCUGGACCACCCUGAUACUGCUUCUCUGAAUGUUCUGAAAAGUGCAGGUGCCCAAGACAUGACUGUUGCAGCCAUCUCCUGGAUUGGGUCAUCAUGGGGUAUCGGGGCUGGCAAAACCCCUGCUGUGCUUUUGGCCUUGGAUAUGGAAACCUCAACCACUUUGUUCUCCCACCACCUUUUUGCCCUUCCUACCCCUUCCUCCCUUCAGUCAGUGUCCCCAGGAUCCAGCCUGGCUAGAGUUAGAAGGCAGACCUAGCCUUUGGAAGCAGAGCCUUGCCAUAAAAAGGCUGAAGGCAGCUGUAUCUCCACACAGACCGCGCUCUUUCCCCCAGCUCAGUUAGAAAAUAAGUCUGGGCCGGGGGUAGUGGCUCACACCUGCAUACCCAGUGCUUUGGGAGGUCAAGCCAGGAGGAUCCCUUGUGGCCAGGAGUUGUAGACCAGCCUGGGGACCAUAGCAAGACCGCUAUCUCCACCAAAAAAAAAAAAAAAAAAAAAGAUAAGAAAAUAAGGCUGGGUGCGGUGGCUCACCUGUAAUUCCAGCACUUUGGGAGGCCAAGGCGGGUGGAUCACUUGAGGUC